AUGCCAAACAACAACCACGGGACCACGGAACAAGAGUGCAACUAUCUGGUCUGCUAUUACUUUCAGAGAUUAGGCAUGCAGAAUACAGAAUUCAUGCUUGAGCCAAAAAAACUGAGAAGACAGCGCAUUUUUUGGAGAGGUAAAUUUCUAGAGAGCCGAGUUAAGAAAGCGUCAGGAUUAAGAUGUAUUGGUUUUGAUGGACGAAUUGAUGAAAUACGGUUGCUGGCUAUAGCCGUUUUUUUGUGUACAAAUGUCAACACUGGAAAGCACAAUGGUGUGAUCCGUCUGCUUGGAACAGCUCUAAACCGCCCAUUGCAGUGGCUUAUCUGUAUGUCACAUUUGAAUGAGUUGCCGUUUUGUGCAAUUUUUACUAAGUUGGAUGGUACAAUAUCAGGACUUACAGCAUUCCGUAGAAAUAUUGGAAGCAGAUUAAAUUUCGAUCUAAAAGGAUUAAUAAUUAUUAAUUUUAAAGCAGUUCCGGAGGGCAAGGACAAUGCAGUAGAACAAGAUUUAAACUUUUUGGCUUCUGCUUUCCCGGAAAGUAUCUAUCAAGCGAGAUGGCUGACAUUUGCCAACAGAGUCUUGAGUUUAUACAAUGGCACUGAAAACCUGUCAGAAGAAAUGCUGAAAAUUGUAUCAUUCAUUGUUCAGGUCUAUGCCCCCAGCUGGUUUAACAUAGUAGAGAUGGUGCCAGAAAUUUGUUUUACAUGGUUUGAUGCAUAUCCGACAGUGUACUGGUGA